UGGCGCUCUCACGUGUUUGCGCCGACUGCGACGUCGGCCGCGGUCCGUUUGAUAAAUGCAAAGAAAUUCCCAUGCGGCCGUUUAGUACAUUUUCUACAGUUUAUUUUGUGUGCCGCCUACUGUUACAUUUCCUUGGCUACCGCUGCUGCUGCCACUGUUACUCCUACUGCUGCAGCGGCCAUGUAGCAGCUACAGUGGACCAUCCAUUUACUUGGACUCUGCCGUCGCCGCCGCCGUCGACAUCUCCUUGUCGGCGACGUUUGCUGUGAUAAGCUCAGCUGCAGAAUUGGACGCUGCCAACAGAGAAAGAGCUGCCGUCGCUCGCCUAAAUGUCUGACGAAGUGCCUUUGGGACGUUUAUCGCAAAUUUUUGAUACACUUACCAACUUACAACAACAACAACAACUGCAACAACAACAACAACACCAGCAGCAGCAACAACAGCAUCAGCUGCAGCUGCAGCAUCAGGCGGCGGCAGCGGAGCAGCGUCGACGUUCGGCCUCCUCAUCGCCGUCACCGUCAGCGAGUGCCUCGGCGUCGACAUCGGGCCGUGCCACGCCCGCCGCAGCGCUGGGCGUGGCCGCCACACAGACGCUCUACUACACGCACACACACAACUACUUUCUGCGACCGCAAGAUGGCGCCAGCUACCUGCACACGUUCCCGGCCUCGGCUGCCGCGCAACAUUCCUCACACUACUAUCAACAGCAGCAGCAGCAGCAACAACAUCAGCUGCAGCAGCCACCUUCAUUGCCCGGGCGGCUGUCGGGCUCCGGGUCUGGUUCGGCGCCCGGUUCCGGUUCUGGCUCUGGCUCACAGUCGCUGCAUGGCUCACCGCUGCUGGCCAAGCGCGCCACCUCGUUUAGCGGACAGAUGCCAUUGACGCGCGCCGCCCAGCUGCAUGAGGCACGCCUCGUUGCCGCCUCGACGCCCAACAGUCCGCGUCUAAUGCCGCGCCGAGUGCCACGCCCGCCGCCCAUACCGGCCAAGCCGGCCAAGGAGCUGCAGCCGAACACAGCAGCAGCCCCGGUAAAUGCCGUGCUUGCCGCCCUCGAUGCACCCGACGCGCCCUGGCCGCAUUUCUCCACGCUAACCGAGCAUCUUAACGUGCAUCAGCUAAACAACUAUGGACAGGCCUUGCCCGAGAUCAACUGGCAGGAGCGCUGCUUGGAGCUGCAGUUGGAGCUGCAUCGCUCCAAGAAUCAAGCGGGUCGCAUUCGUGAUAUGCUGCGCGAAAAGUUAACGGAACUCGAGCAACGCGUCAUCGAAGCGGAAGAACGCGCCGAGGAAGCUGAAGAUAAGGUGCGUGCUAUGGAGCAGCGGCUCAGUGAAUGGCCAAAGCCACCAGCACAACAACAACAACAGCAACAACAACAACAACAACAACAUUCUCAGCAGGGCACAGCGACUAGCUCUCCCGUACACCAACAACAGCAACAGGCAAUCGCCGCUGCAGCUUUGGCCGCUGCCUGUCAGCAGAGCGUCUUGGCCAGCAGCACAGGCGGGCCAGGGGGCUUAGGCGUUGGAGUCUGUCUGCCCAGCAACGAGGCGGAGAAGACAAUUAACUCAUUGGAGUUUCAAGUAGAGGAGCAGAGGCAGCUGCGCCUGCAUGACGCACGCCAGAUCGAGGCAAAGGCCGCCAAGAUCAAGGAGUGGGUGAACAAUAAGCUGCGAGAUCUCGAGGAACAGAAUCAAUUGCUGCGUGAACAGAAUAUCAAGUGUAAUCAGCAGCUGGAGUUGCUCAAGAAUCACAUUGCCAACCAAUCGCAGCGGCACAGCAUUGUGGGACCUGUGCGGAAUAGCCUGAGCUUGGAUGUGCAGGACUUUGCAAAUACGCCGGAGACGCGACGACGCAGUGAGAGCCUCGAUCCACAGGAGAUCAUUAGCCGGCCAUUGACCAGCUCCUAUCCGCAUCAUCAGCAUCGACGCAAUCUAUCCAUGGAGCCGCAGGAGCUCGAGCGCAAUCUGGUAGCGGCCGUCGAUGGCCUUACCCUGGCGCCGCUCUCCAGUAUCUCCAGCAAGGCAGCGCAGUCCGCUGCUGUGGCGAGCACCCGGCCAGAUAGCUCCGAUACGGACACGGCGCACGACUAUGCGGAAAUCUAUACGCCCUCAUGCGAGAAGCUGCCCGCCUGGAUGAAGAACAAUCCGGCUCUAAUGGCCAGCGGCGGCAAUUCGAGCACAACAACGACCACAACCAGCGAACUGGGCGUGCCAAGACCGCCGACGCCGCCGCUGCAUCGCUUUCCCAGCUGGGAGGCCAAGAUCUAUCAGGUGGCCAACGAUGGACUUGCCGGCACCGGCACCAGCACCGCGGAGAGCACCGCCAGCAAUGAGCCAACCCCGGAUGUGCAGCAGGAGCACAGCCUGACCCUAUCGAAUGGACGAGCCAGGCAUGGCCAUGAUGCGAAUGGCACGCUGGGCAGCAGCGGCACACCGGGCACACCCCAGCCGCCGACGCGACAGCAACAAACCGCCAGCGGCGGCUUCUGUGAUAUAUCCGUGCCCGUUUAUGCCACGGUCAAGGGGCGUGCCUCUCAAAUACGCUCGAUGCCCUUCACGGGCGACUCCAGUGAUGAUUCCAGCGAUGGCGAGGAUCAUGCCGUUAUGCUUACACACAAUUCGCACAACUCAUCCAGCACGGACAACACGGAGACCUCCACAUCUGGCAGCGCAUCGAGCCCCUCAAAGAGCCUAAAGACCUCCUCGAGCCUCAGCCCAGCCAAACGCAGCGGCUCCGAGAGCCCCAAAAAUGCCAAGGCCCGUGUCCACACGCGCAUCCCCACACAGCAACAACAACAACAACAUCAAGCACACCAUUAUCAGCAUCAUCAGACGCUGCCACACCCACAGGCGCCGGCGCUGGCGCCCGUGAAGAGUGUACAGAGCACUCUGCCACGCCUAUAUACGCCCACUACCACUGGCGCGCAGCUGACGCAACUGCGCGUGAGCCCCCACAUGCGUGGCACAGUAAUUUCAGAUCUUUCCUUUGAAUCAGGCCUCUCCGAUGACUACGCGCUGCCCCCCGAUGCCGUCUCGGAAUCGACAUGCAUGGACGCCUCGAUGCCGUCGCUAUUGAUGCGCCAAUCCUACGUGGACUCGCCCAGCAAGAAGCUCGAAUCUCUGGAGAAGAUGGGUCACCUGGCCAAGCUGGGCGGCAAGCUGAAGACCUGGCGCAAACGCUGGUUCGUCCUGAAGAACGGCACGCUCAACUACUGGAAGAGUCAGCACGACGUGCAGCGCAAGCCGCAAGGCCAAAUACUGCUGGACGAGGCUUGUCGCAUUAGCCGGGCGGAGGGCGCCUCCACCUUUGAGAUCGAUACGGGCAAGAAGGUCUAUUACCUGACCGCCGACUCGCAUGCCACCAUGGACGACUGGAUACGCGUCCUGCAGAAUGUGCAGCGUCGCAAUGCGACCAAACUGCUGCUCAGUCGCGAUGAUCAGAAGCCGACAGUCCAGGGCUGGGUGACCAAGGUGAAGAACGGACAUGCCAAAAAGUGCUGGUGCGUCCUACUGGGCAAGAUGUUCCUCUACUUCAAGGCGCCCGUAGAGACGAAUCCGCUGGGUCAGAUCAAUAUGCGCGAUGCGCGCGUGGAAGAAGUUGAGCAUGUUUCCGAUUCCGACUCGGAGGAGCGCGAGGAUGCGGCACAGGAUCAGGCGCGUCUCACUGUCGCCAUCUACCCGGCGCAUCAGGGUCCCACGUAUCUGAUUCUAUCCGGCAAGCCGGAGCGCGACAAUUGGCUAUACCAUUUGACCGUCGUCUCGGGCGGCGGACCCAGUGCGGGUACACAGUACGAGCAGCUGGUCCAAAAGCUCAUGGAAACCGAUGGAGAUCCAAACUGUGUGCUCUGGCGCCAUCCCAUACUGCUGCACACCAAAGAUACGAUCACAGCUCCACUCUCCUCCAUGCACACGGAGACCAUGCAACCGGAGGCCAUAAAGCUAUUCAAGAGCAUUCAGCUGUUCAUGUCGGUGGCCGUCAAUCAGCCCGGCAUCGAUUAUCAUGUGGUGCUCGCCCAGAAUGCCCUGCAGCAUUGCCUGGACAUGCCGGAGCUACAGACCGAAAUGAUCUGCAUUCUGAUCAAGCAAACCUCCCGACAUAUGGGCCAGAAACUAAGUGUCGGUGUCCAGGUAAACAAGAAACUGGGCAAGCAAACGCGCCAACUACUAUUGUGCGCCACCCAAAGCCUGUUCACCUGUGAUACCCAACAGGCAGGCCAAGCUCAAGCCAACGGCAGUUCGCCCACAUCAAUACAGGCGCCCGUUUCUACGCCCAUCAUCGACUGCAAGUCAAAUCCGCCCGCGUACAGCUUUGUUCAGGGCUGGCAACUACUCGCUCUGGCCGUCUCAUUGUUUGUGCCCAAAUCCAGUCGCCUGCUCUGGUAUCUAAAGUUGCAUUUGUCCCGCAAUGCGGACACCAAAACGGAGACGGGCAAAUAUGCCGCCUAUUGUGAGCGGGCACUGGAGCGCACCCUGAAGAACGGGGGACGCGAGACGAAGCCGUCCCGCAUGGAGGUCCUUUCCAUACUGCUGAAGAAUCCAUAUCAUCACUCCCUGCCGCAUGCCAUACCCGUACACAUGAUGAACACCACGUAUCAGGUGGUUUCCUUCGACGGCUCCACCACCAUCGAGGAGUUCCAAACAACACUGGCCCAGGAGCUGGGCACCCGCGAUGCCAACAACGGAUUUUGCCUAUUUAGCGAUGAUCCCAUUGAAAAGGAUCUGGAACACUAUCUGGAGCCACUGGCCAAGCUGUGCGAUGUGAUCAGCAAGUGGGAGACGGCGCUGCGCGAGAAGGGAUCCGGCAAGUUCGAGAAUUCGCGGGUCAUUCAGCUGAGCUACAAGAACAGACUCUACUGGAAGCACACCAUCAAGUGCGAGACGGACAAGGAGCGACUGCUGCUGUGCUACCAGACCAAUGCCCAGAUUGUGCAGGGCCGCUUUCCGCUCUCACGCGAGCUGGCCCUGGAGCUGGCCUCGCUGAUGUCGCAGAUCGACAUGGGCGACUACACGCACGAGAAGUCACGCGAUGUCGGGCUCAAGGCGCUGGACAAGUUCUAUCCGUAUCGGUAUCGGGAUGCUCUCGGCGCCGAGCAGCUAAAGGAUGUACAGGAACUGCUCAUAUCCAAGUGGACGCUGCUCAAGGGACGCUCCACGCUCGACUGCGUGCGCAUCUAUCUGACCUGCUGCCGCAAAUGGCCCUACUUCGGCGCCUGCCUAUUCCAGGCCAAGCCGCGCCAGUGCGAGCCACAUGCGGCCACCGGCACGCCCGUCGCCUGGCUGGCCGUUGCCGAGGAUGCACUCAAUGUGCUCGAGCUGUCCACAAUGGCACCUGUGGCGCGUUAUCCGUACAGCACCGUGAUGACCUUCGGCGGCUGCCAGGAUGACUUCAUGCUCGUCGUCUCGCACGACGACGGCACCCUCGCGGGCGGCUGCGAGCAGAAGCUGCUCUUUGCCAUGAGCAAACCGAAGAUAUUGGAGAUCACGCUGCUCAUUGCGGACUACAUGAAUGCGCUGGGGCAUACGGUGCCCGGCACACCGCAGAUGAAUUCGCUCACCCGCAACGGUUCGCAUCGUUCGCUGCGCACCUCCCAGCGACCCGGCGCUGGUCCUGGCGGUUGUCCUGCUGGUGCUGGUGUCGGUGUCGUUGGCCUCACUGCUGUCGGCGCCGCCGGCAGCAUAACGGGCUUCUCCACGAAUGCAACCACAACGGCCCACAACACGCUCAACUCGCAUGCAACCCACACGCUCAACUCGACCCACUCGCACACGCUGAGCAGCUCGCAUCACGCCGCCGCUGGUGCCGUCGGUGGUGCCGGUGUCGGUGGAGGCGGUAGCGGCAGCCAUCAGGGCACGCUCAACUCGCAGACGGGUGGCCAUCAUCAUCAUCAUCAUCAUCCUCAUCCGCAUCCGCAUCCGCAUCAGCCGGAUAUACUGAAGAGCACGCCCGACCAUCAGCGGAUCAAGUGAGCUGCGAACAGGAUCAGGCCGUGCACAGGAAUGCACACGUAAACACUCAUACAUACAUGCAUAUGCAUAUGUAUUUGAGACCCAUGCGUAUAGAGGAGCACUUAGAACGCAUUGCGUAGUGUUAGCAACGCCGUCAGAUAUGCCGGUCUCUUACACUUUACGCGCUACUCAACACUUAACAAAAAAGUUCUUUCCUAAGCUAAGCUAAUAACGGUACUCGUACUCUAAAGCCCAUACAAGCAUACCUAUAUAUGCGUAUAUUGUAAACAGAUUUUUUUUUAAUAGCUAUAAGCCGUACCCCGCGAUAGGUACAUACUACAUAUAUUCUAUAUAUAUAUAUAUAUAUGUAUAUAUACAUAUAUAUAUAUGUAUAUUAUUUAAUGUGUGUGUAUAUUUCUGCUCCUUCUAUGGAUAUUCUUUUGAGAUUUUUCUUCUCGUUCUUUUUUCCGUCUCAAUCUUCUGCUGUCACCUAUGUAUACUCGUACUGUUACUAUAUUCGAUAUUCUUGCUAAUCAGUGCUUCGUCGUGAAUCUCACCUUGUCCCUCCAUGCUCAAAAACUGCCUUUGAAUGUAGAAGACGAAGAAGACAACAACAAACCAAGAUAACGAAACAAGCCAAAAAUAAAAACAACAAAAUUAACUAACAUUAGCUAAAGCAGAAUUUGCAAUAAGCAUUAGGUUUACCCAUGAGCACCAGGGUGGAAGAUUUAACAAUUGUAUGACCAUAUUUUGUAUAGAAUUUUUCAUGCCCAGACAUAGGAUACCAUUUUUUUUUUGUAUAUUUUUUUUUUAAACUUAAACGAAAGGUAAUUGAGGAAUUAGAAAACAUAUAUAGCAUAGCACUAGAUACCAUACGUAUACAUAUAUAGGCUCAUGUCAGUCGUGUUAGUUUUGCGUAGAGAGCACAUUAUAUAUUAAUGUUGUCUAGUUAUGAUGUGAAAGGAAGUGUUCAUAUUAUAAACCAUAUAAUACAUGGGAUUUUUUUUUUUAAUAUUAUUUAAAUAUUUUAUUGUAUAUUGGUUUUUUUUUUUGUGUCCCGUCACUUUACAGCAAAAAAUAUGUUUUUUUUCUAUAUAUAUUUAAAUUCUAAAAAUGUUAACAACAAAAUAUAUUUGUAAAAGUAAUAAAUAGCCAACCGAACACAGCCAGAGCUUCUAGUAAAAAUAACAAAUUUAAGCAAAUGUAACAAUUGCAAUUGAUUUACAACAUAGAAACGUUCUUUUGUAAUUUACACAAAAGAAACAUCCAGAGAAACAAGAUAAAAAAAUUGACAAAAAAGGAAAUAAUUGUAUACAUAUAUUUAAAUUUAUAUAGAAAAACAAAUUCCCAAGUAGUUUAUACACUCAAAACAAAAUGCAUAAAGCUUAAAGCAGCUACAACAAAAGAUUAAUAAAACACAUGCAACGCUUUUAAUAUAUUCAAAUUUGAAACAACAUAAAAUUAAAACUGCUCCCUGUCGAUUGGCCAUUUUUACUAAGUAUUUUUCAAAGCGCUUUGGAAUAUCAUUUUGAAUUUUGUUAAAUCAACUUUUAAUAAAGUAAAGUAUACACAUAAAUAUAUAUAUAUAUAUAUACGGUACACACAUAUAUUUAACAAAUUGAAAAUUAUAUACAAGCAUUGCAAAACUGUGUAAAUGAUAACAGCGCAUUUUUUUCCUAAUUGUAAAAAUUUGAUAUUAAAAAUUUAUAUGCAAAAUC